AGUGUGCAGUUUCAAAGGCGUCCCAUUUAUUUGAUUGUGGUCCAUCAAAUUGACCCAUACCAGGUGCAAGAACAAGUACUGUACUUAUCAGCGACGGGAUACCCACUUGGUUGUCCCCUGUAUGGUGCUCAUCGAUGCAGUGAAAGUCAGAAAAGGCAGUUUACGCCCGACCACGGGUAGCUACGAACCUAAUAUUUAAAGGACCUUAUGUAGAGGCAGAGUCCCAGAAAAAUAACCUUCUACCAAUUUCAACACACUGUCCCAGUCUAUAAUUGCUUGUCAGAAUGGCCACAACCAACAACUUUAACGGAGGGUCUGGAGCAUUGGAAGUUGCUAGACGGUUUUCCACCCAGGCCAAGGGAAAGACUAUCCUCGUCACUGGAGUCUCGAUCGGGGGCAUCGGCGACGCAAUCACUCGUGCCUUCGCGGCAGGUGGCGCAUCAACUAUCAUCAUCACAGGACGCAGUGAACAACGUCUUGCCGAAGUCACCAAGGCCCUCACGACCGAUUACCCUGGGACAACGUUCCGGACAUUGCGAUUCGAUCUUUAUUCGCUAUCGUCGACCCAACAAGCGGUGAAGGAGGCCUCCAGCGAUCUUUCCAUCCCUGCAAUCGAUAUCAUCGUUGGCAACGCUGGGGGAUCUCAGUUUGGUGAACGUGUUAUCACAGAAGAUGGCCUUGAACAGCAUUUUUCCGGUUACGUAUCGCACUUCCUACUCGUGCAGGGUUUGAUCCCGAAACUUCGCGCCGCCUCGAAAUCAAGUCCACCUGGCUCUACCAGAGUGGUUAUGAUGACCAGUGGUGCGCAAAUGGCCAGUGGGAUACGCUUUUCCGACAUUAAUCUCGACUGCAAUAAAGCACUUCCGGACGAUGAGAAGCCCGAUUUCACAAUAUUCAAAGCUCUUGGAGUCCAAGAAACCGAUAAAUACGACCACAACAUUGCAUACGCCCAAUGCAAUACUGCUAAGACCCUCAUGGCUCUAUCACUCAAUAGCCACCUUGUUUCCGAUAAAAUUUACUCCUUCGCUGUCCAUCCUGGUAUAGUAAGAAGUGCUGGUACCAAUCCGCUCUGGGAUCAACUCGGGCCUGAGCAAUUGGCCACAAUUGAGAAGUUUGGAGGCUUCAAAAGCAUCGACCAGGGAGCUGCAACUAUUCUCGUUGCAGCUCUUGAUCCUGAGCUGAAGCCCGAUGGUGGUAUCUACCUGUCGGAUUGCGAAAAGAAGCCUGCACCAGCGCACGCAGUCGAUGAGAGCAAGGCCGACAGAUUGUGGAAACUGACAACGGAUAUUCUAUCCAGUAGGGGUUAUGCAUAGAUACUCAAGUCGAUGGCAAUGUACAUAAACAACGUGGAUGGCACAAUGAGUUUGCCUUUCUUUCCUUAUUGGCUCGAGUGGUCGGCGCAUUGUUCAGGUCAUACUCUAUCAAGUUGUUGAAAGAAAAUCAAAUGUGCGACCCUCUUCCAAAGACGCGUUCAUCUCAGUUGUACUGGUAAUAGGUAGGACAGUGAAAGCAACCAUCCG